AAGCCACCCAAGCACCCCAUCUUUUCUAUUAUCUAUUGUCUAAGGCAGAGGUUCUCAAUUGGGGCAAGGAUGGGAGGUGUUGAUUCUCCCCCACCCCAGCCAUUUGGCAAUGUCUGCUGAUGCUUUUGGUUGUCAUCACAGGGAAAUGAGGCAUGCAUGGACACCUAGUGAGUAGAGGCCAGGGAGGCUGCACAGCCUUCCCACAUUUAGGAAUUUCCAAUCCCAAAUGUCAGUCACACCAAGAUUCAGAAAUCCUGGACCAGGAGAAUUACUUAUCUUUAUCUUCCAACCUUCUACUGAAGUUUCUAUUUCAAACAUAUUUUUUGGCACAGGAUGGCAGCAUGCAGUGGUUUAGGCUAGGGGAAAAAAAUGCAGAGGCAGUGCCCAUAGCAAAGUGAUGAGGCUACAACAGACCAGUGACAAAGGGGUGUGAUCACUGAUGAUAACUGUUUCUUUCUCACAGAUUGUCUAAAGCCACAGGGAAAAUGGUGGAAAACUCACCAUCGCCAUUGCCAGAAAGAGCUAUUUAUGGCUUUGUUCUUUUCUUAAGCUCCCAAUUUGGCUUCAUACUAUAUCUUGUGUGGGCUUUUAUUCCUGAACCUUGGCUAAACUCCUUAGGCUUAACCUACUGGCCUCAAAAAUAUUGGGCGGUUGCAUUGCCCAUCUACCUCAUUACUAUAGUAAUCGGUUAUGUACUCUUAUUUGGAAUAAGAAUGAUGAGUACCUCUCCACUUAACUCCAUUCAUAUAAUCAUAGGUAACUAUGCUAAAAAUCAACAGCAGAAUAAAUAUCAAGAAGAGGCCAUCCCAGUAUUAAGGGGUAAUCCUAUUAGUGAAGUGAGCCACAUGUUAUUUCUUGCAGCCAAAGAACUUUAUGCCAAAAACUAAAUUGUAUGUAGACUAAUACCAAACACUUAUUAUAAGUUUUUGAUGUAAUAAUUUUGAACAUAAUACUUUAUCUCUUAUUAGCAACUGAUACCGAAAUAUAAAAAAAGCCGAACUUCUCUUAAAUUCCAUUAAUCUUAUAAAUGUUCCCAAAUAUUAGUUAUUAAUGAACAGAAUAAAUAAAAUACUGCAUUACCAUGAAAAAAAAUAUCUUUCUUUCCCAGUCUCUGAUCAGCC